AUGUCUAGGGUUCCGUCGCCGUCGCCAUCGCGAUCGCCACCGACAAUGACUUCUCUCUCCGUGACACAAACAAUAAACGGAUCGCACAGCUUCACAAUCAAGGGGCUUCCGGACAAAUCCUGCCCACCUCGGAUCUGGAGCUUGAAUGUGGUCGAACAGAAGAAUGGUAGACCAACAGUGUCUAAAAUGGACUUAAUCUGCCUCCUAUAUGUCGUUAACAUCUGCUUCCUCGAAGCCCCUCCCUUCAAAGCUUCAGUGUCGAGAAGCGACUCAGGGAAAACCACGGCGGGAAUCCGGCCGAUCGUCCGAUCCUGA